AGGAUACGACGUCGUUAGAUACUGUCGGUGUGUCAGUGAAGAACUUGAAACGACGACGUUGAACCAGCUUCACAUGCUCCCUCCCUCCCAAUAUUUUUUUUUGUUUCCUCCUCUGUAAAUUGAAGAGUCGCACGAUUUUAGUGGCAAUCUAACAGAAACACUACCUCUCUCUCUCUCUCUCUCUCUCUAGAUCCAAAUUAAAAAAAACAAGAAAUUUGUUCAUCUUUCUUCUUGCCCAGAAAAAAGAAAAUUAAAAUUCACAUUUAAAGUUUCAAUCUUUGAGUUGCCUUUUCAGGGUUCUGUGGGGGGGGGAGGAAGUGAAAAAGAUGUUUAGAACCUCGCCACGGAGAGGACAGAGAUCAAAGGGGUUCAAGGUGAAGCAUUGUAUACAGCUGACUCUGUUGCUUGGCGUUGGGAUAUGGUUGCUUUAUCAAGUGAAGCAUUCUCAUGAGAAGAAGGCUUUGUUUGAAGAGAGUGCAAAGGCUGUUGUUGGAGAGAGAGUUGUGAAGCUUGGGAGGAAAGAUCUUCACCCUGGUGUUGUCGUUGAGGAAGAAGCUGAGAGUUUUAAUGAGAAAGAGGAUGAGACAAGAAAUGAUGAGGUUGGGGAGGAUAAGGAGAAGGAGAGUGAAGGAAGUGGGAAUGAUGAUUCUUCGAAUAGUGAAGAAAGCAGUGAGGUUGAGGUGAAGGAUGAGAAUGGAGGUGCAGAAGAAAGCGAGGAGAGUAAAGAGAAGAAUGAGACUGAGGUUGAAGAGAACAAAGAAAAUAGUGGAGGUACCAAAGAAAGCGAGGAGAGUAAGACUGAGGAGAAGAAAGACAAUGAUGGUACAGAAGAGAGUGAGGAGAGUAAAGAGAAGAGUGAUAAAGAGGAGAAUAUAGAGGAAGUGACUGAUGAGAGUGAAGGGAAGGAGAAGAAGGAUGGUGAAGGUGAAGAAGCAAGAGAGAAUAAUUACAAGGGAGAUGAUGCUUCUAGUGAGGUGGUUCAUGAUGAGAAGACUAGUGAGAAGUUGCAAGUGGAGGAAGACAAGUCUGGAGAACCGGAAGACACUGUUAUUAAGAGUGUUUUGUCGACUGAUAAUGAGGGAAGCAGCAGUGAUGAGAAGAACACUGGUAAUGAUUCGUCGAGUGAAAUAAAAUCUGAGGGUGAAUCUAUGGAGAAGAAUGAGAUGGGGGAGAAGGAAGGGUUCAAUGAUUCUAAUGGUGACUUGCCUGAGUCUAAUCAUUCACCAUCUAAUGCAACAGAGACUACAGAAUCUUCUGGGAAUGAUGAGUCUGAGUCUACCAUAAAGACAGGUGAAGAUGAGACCGGGAAGUCAACAGGAUCUGAAGAUGGAACUUCUCAAGAAAGGAAGAAAGAAGAAGAAGAUGGGAAAGAGAUAGUAGAAUCUUCUGAAGUCUCAUCUCAAGAAGAAAGUAAAGACAAGGAAACCGAGACAAAGGAAAAAGAUAAGUCUUCGUUCCAAGAGGAGUCUAAAGGAGAAACUGGGACAAAUGAGAAGGAAGAGUCUUCAUCUCAAGAAGAAUCUAAAGACAAAGAAACCGAGACAAAAGAGAAGGAUGAGUCUUCAUCUCAAGAGGAAACCAAAGACAAUGAAACUGAGACAAAGGAGAAAGAAGAGUCUGCUUCCCAAGAGAAACCAGAAGACAAGGAAACAGAGAAAAUUGAGAAAGAGGAGUCUACUUCCAAUGAUUCACAAAGAAAUGAAAGUAAUGAGAGUGAGAAGAAGGAACAAGUUGAAGAAACCGAGAAGAAGAAGACUGAGGAAGACACAAGUGAAUCUAGCAAAGAAAAUGGCAAUACUGAUACUGAACAAAAGCAACCAGAGGAUACUUCAGAAACUACGCAAGCAGAGUCAGAGAAAGAGGAAAGCAACAAGGAUGGUGAGACAGAAGAGGUGGUAACUCAGAACGAUCAAGAACAGUCUGACGCUUCUUCAGACAAUAAUCUUCCUCAAGAAGUGAAAGAUGUCCGUACUGAUCUUGAAACUCUGCCAGAAUCUGGCAAUGGAGGAAGCAGUGAUAACGUUGCAGCUGAGUAGUAGAUGUCCUCAGCUUGAUCACAUAUCCUCUUGUUAAUGUUGUUUAGUAGAGAGAGUUUUACGAGAUUCAGUUUGUUGUCAUGUAAUUUGUUGUAAUCUUUCUUUUACAUAUUGGCUCUUUAUUUUUUACAAUCAAGUUCUUGAAAAUUUACUAUAUGUUGAACUAAAGAUUUUCUUCUUGAUGAUUGUGUUAUUAUGACUAGUAAUUCACA